AUGGUCUCAGGCGCGAUUGCUGGUGUCUCUGAGAUUCUUGUGAUGUAUCCUUUGGAUGUCGUCAAGACUCGAGUUCAAUUGCAAACCGGAGUAGGCGCUUCAGCCGAAUACACCGGUAUGCUCGAUUGUUUCCAGAAGAUCAUCCGAAACGAGGGAUUCUCCCGACUCUACCGCGGAAUCUCAGCCCCUAUUUUGAUGGAGGCGCCCAAGCGUGCGACCAAAUUUGCUGCCAAUGACGAGUGGGGAAAGGUCUAUCGCAACCUGUUCGGAGUCGAGAAGAUGACACAAGGUCUCUCUGUGCUUACCGGUGCUUCUGCCGGAGCCACGGAAUCUUUUGUCGUCGUGCCCUUUGAGCUUGUCAAGAUCCGACUCCAAGACAAGGCUUCGGCUGGCAAGUACAACGGUGCUCUCGACGUCGUGGCCAAGACCAUUAAGAGCGACGGCCUUCUUGGUCUCUACCAGGGUCUGGAGAGUACCCUGUGGCGCCACAUUCUAUGGAACGCAGGAUACUUUGGCUGCAUUUUCCAGGUCAGAUCGUUGCUCCCCAAGGCGGACAACAAGAGAGGCCAGAUGGUGAACGAUCUGAUUUCCGGAUCCGUUGGCGGAACGGUCGGAACAAUCCUCAACACCCCCAUGGAUGUUGUCAAGAGCCGAAUCCAGAAUACUCCCAAGGUUCUCGGUGUGGUGCCAAAGUACAACUGGGCCUGGCCUGGUAUCUUGACGGUGGCUCGUGAGGAAGGCUUCGGCGCUCUCUACAAGGGAUUCAUCCCCAAGGUCCUCCGUUUGGGCCCUGGUGGUGGUAUCCUUCUGGUUGUCUUCACAACUGUCAUGGACACCUUCCGAAAGUGGCACACCGCAUAG